GAAAAACAGACGUUAUAGAGAGUCGCUCAGCUCUCUGACUCUGAGUUAGCACUCCGGACGAAACACUGCUUCCUGAGAGAUAACGGUUACCCGCCAACCUUCCGGGUUGCUCUGCUCUCUGUGACCAGAGAAAAUGAGGAUCGACAACGGCGAUCAUGUUUCCGCAUCACGAAAGCAUCUCGUGUUUGCGUAUUACGUCACUGGUCACGGUUUCGGUCAUGCCACUCGCGUUGUCGAGGUUGUUCGGCAUCUCAUUUUAGCUGGGCAUGAUGUUCACGUGGUUACUGGUGCUCCUGACUUUGUUUUCACUACAGAAAUAGAGUCUCCAAGGCUCUUCAUUCGCAAGGUUUUGCUGGAUUGUGGAGCUGUUCAAGCUGAUGCUCUAACAGUUGAUCGUCUUGCCUCCUUAGAGAAGUAUUCACAGACAGCUGUGGCACCUCGAGCUUCUAUUUUAGCAACCGAAGUGGAGUGGCUAAACUCCAUCAAAGCUGACUUAGUGGUUUCGGAUGUUGUUCCUGUUGCUUGCCGAGCAGCAGCAGAUGCUGGGAUCCGUUCUGUUUGUGUCACCAACUUUAGUUGGGACUUCAUCUAUGCAGAAUAUGUUAUGGCUGCUGGAUAUAAUCAUCGUUCAAUUGUUUGGCAGAUAGCUGAAGAUUAUUCUCAUUGUGAGUUUUUGAUCCGUCUACCAGGGUACUGCCCAAUGCCUGCUUUUCGCGAUGUUAUUGAUGUACCCCUUGUUGUAAGGAGGUUGCACAAGUCCCGAGCAGAGGUAAGAAAGGAGCUUGGGAUUGGAGAUGAUGUGAAGUUAGUUAUUUUCAACUUUGGUGGACAGCCAGCAGGUUGGAAGUUGAAGCAGGAAUAUUUGCCCGCUAGUUGGAUGUGCCUGGUAUGUGGCGCAUCUGAUGACCAAGAGCUUCCCCCAAACUUCAUCAAGCUUGCAAAAGAUGUUUAUACGCCUGAUCUGAUUGCAGCAUCUGACUGCAUGCUUGGAAAAAUUGGAUAUGGAACAGUCAGUGAAGCUCUAGCAUACAAGUUGCCAUUUGUUUUUGUACGCAGAGAUUAUUUUAAUGAAGAACCUUUUUUGAGAAACAUGCUUGAGCACUACCAAGGUGGUGUUGAGAUGAUUAGGAGAGACCUGCUCAUUGGACACUGGACACCAUACCUUGAACGUGCUAUCAGUCUCAAACCAUGCUAUGAGGGAGGCAUUAAUGGUGGCGAGAUUGCUGCUCGCAUCUUACAGGAUACUGCUAUUGGCAAAAAUUAUGUUUCAGAUAAGUUGAGUGGGGCAAGGAGACUAAGGGAUGCCAUAGUACUUGGUUAUCAACUACAAAGAGUUCCUGGUAGAGAUAUUUUCAUCCCAGAUUGGUAUGCACUUGCUGAAAAUCAACUUGGUCUUCGCACUGCAUCUCCAAUUUCUGAAAUGAGUCGGACAAGCUCACUUGCAAAGUCAUGCACGGAAGAUUUUGAGAUUCUUCAUGGAGAUCUUCAUGGUCUUUCAGAUACAAUGAAUUUCUUGAAAAGCUUGGCAGAACUUGAUACUAUACAUGACUCAGGAAAGAAUACUGAGAAGCGUCGCAUGAGGGAGCGUUUGGCUGCUUCUACGCUUUUUAACUGGGAGGAGGAUAUCUUUGUAGCAAGAGCACCUGGGAGGUUGGAUGUAAUGGGAGGAAUUGCAGAUUAUUCAGGAAGCCUUGUGUUGCAGAUGCCUAUAAGAGAAGCUUGUCAUGUUGCUGUUCAGAGGAUUCAUCCAAGCAAACAGAAGCUAUGGAAACAUGCCCAAGCUCGGCGGAAUGUAAAAGGGCAAGAAUCAACUCCUGUUCUGCAAAUUGUAUCAUAUGGGUCUGAAUUAAGUAACCGUGGACCAACCUUUGACAUGGACUUAUCUGAUUUCAUGGAUGGUGAUAAUCCAAUUUCAUACGAAGAGGCAAACAAAUACUUUGCCAAAGAUCCUUCACAAAAGUGGGCAUCAUAUGUUGCUGGUACAAUCCUUGUUUUAAUGACUGAGUUGGGUAUACGUUUCAAUGACAGCAUCAGCAUACUGGUAUCCUCCGCAGUCCCAGAAGGAAAAGGUGUAUCAUCUUCUGCAGCAGUGGAGGUUGCUAGCAUGUCUGCAAUAGCUGCUGCUCAUGGACUGGACAUCAACCCAAGAGAUCUUGCUUUGCUUUGUCAAAAGGUUGAGAAUCAUAUUGUUGGAGCUCCAUGUGGUGUGAUGGACCAGAUGACAUCAGCAUGUGGUGAAGCUAACAAACUUCUUGCAAUGAUAUGCCAGCCUGCUGAAGUAAUAGGACUUGUGAACAUCCCCACUCAUAUAAGAUUCUGGGGUAUUGAUUCAGGAAUAAGACACAGUAUUGGUGGCACAGACUAUGGAUCUGUGAGAAUUGGCACCUUCAUGGGUCGAAAGAUGAUAAAAUCUAUUGCAUCUUCACUGUUAUCCCACGCAUUAUCAAGUGCUAAUUCUCAGAAGCAUAUGGAUGGGAUAAUUUCUGAUGACUUGGAAGAGGACGAUGGUGAACUUCUUGAAGAUGAAUCUUCAUUAGACUACUUGUGCAACCUGUCUCCUCACAGAUAUGAGUCAGUCUAUGCAAAGAGACUUCCUGAGUCUAUGCUUGGUGGGGCAUUCCUAGAGAAGUACACUGAUCACAAUGAUUCAGUAACAGUGAUUGACCAUAAGCACAACUAUGGAGUGAAAGCAGCUGCUCAACAUCCUAUAUAUGAAAAUUUCCGUGUCAAGGCAUUUAAAGCAUUACUGACUGCUGAAAACUCAGAUGAACAACUUUGUGCUCUUGGAGAACUCAUGUAUCAGUGCCACUAUAGCUAUAGUUCUUGUGGACUCGGUUCAGAUGGAACAGACAGGCUUGUAAAAUUAGUACAAGAAAUGCAGCACAGUAAAUUGUCUAAAUCCAAAACAGGGACUUUGUUUGGAGCAAAGAUCACAGGUGGAGGUUCUGGCGGGACGGUUUGUGUUAUAGGAAGAAAUUGUCUGCGCAGCAGCGAACAAAUUCUUGAGAUUCAACAGAAAUACAAAGAUGCCACAGGCUAUUUGCCAUUUCUUUUUGAGGGUUCUUCACCAGGUGCAGGAAAGUUUGGUUAUCUGAAAAUUCGUCGGUGUGUGCUUCCCAGCUUAAGUUAGUAUAUUUAAUUCACAAACAAACAUUAAUUUAGAGAAGUAAAUAGUUAUCUUAGAUCCUAGAUGCUAGGCACUUAAUAAAUUAUAAAUGUAUUGAUUAACUCCAGUAUGAUUCAAUGAAAUCCCCUAUGGGUCUCUCUCUCUCUGUGGCCGGGGGGAGGGGGGAUAAUAACACAGAAAACAGGUAAGAUGAUUCUCACGAGAUGGGCUUGGCCUUUGACUUACCAUUGUCUGAUAUUCCUCCACUGUGUAUCACUAACUACAUAGGUGAUGGAUCAUAGCUAC